AUGUUGAUGUUACCUGAUGAUGAAAUCAUGGUGUUACCUGAUCAUGAGAUGAUGUUACCUGAUCAUGAGAUGUUGAUGUUACACUACACCGUGAUGAAAAUGAUGUUACCUUAUGAUGGCGAGAUGUUGAUGUUACUUGAUGGAGAGAUGUUGAUGUUACCAGAAAAUGUAAUGUUGAUGUUACCUAAUGGUGAGAUGUUGAUGUUACCUGACGAUGACAUGAUAUUACCUGAUGAUGAGAUGUUAAUGUUACCUGAUGAUGAAAGGAUGGAGUUACCUGAUGGUGAAAGAAUGAUGUUACCUGAUGAUGAAAGGAUGAUAUUACCUGAUGAUGAGAUGUUGAUGUUACCUGAUGAUGAGAUGAUGCUACCUGAUGAUGAGAUGUUGAUAUUACCUGACUAUGAAGAUCAGGAGGCCAGCGGCGCUGUUUUGUGUGAUGAUAUCCUCUCCCAGACCGAAAACUUGAUGUUCCAAUAA